UCAUAAAUAAGGUCAUAUAGAGCGGAUGAGGUCUUCGGACGUAGGAAGCGGUGAAUCCCUCUCCGCGCUUUUAAAAUAGGCUGACAUGCUUUCUAGCCGAUAGGUAACAGGGCGAGAGGUUACAUCGGGAAAGAAAGAGAGGGCGAAGAUGUAUAUAAGCAGCUCGAAGAUGGAUGCUGCAGUUGGCGUCCAGCUUCUCACUCUGUGAAUAAUACCUCCCCUUGGACAUACAUCGUCCUAAGAGUAAAGGCAGCGUCCUAGACUCCACAAGAAAGAAAUGAUGAAGGUCUUCCUACUGCUGGCUUCCAUUGCCGUUGCUGUUGCCGUCUCCAAGAGCAGGAGCAAGCGCCAAGCUUACGAACUCCCUGACGGCGUCGAGUUCGUCGUCGGUGGCAUCCAGACCCGAUUCCAGUGCCAACGAGGUGGCUAUUUCGCCGACGUUGAUAACAACUGCCAGAUCUUUCACAUCUGCAAUGAAGUGUUCAACGCCGAUGGCUCCUACGAGAUCAAGCAGUACAGCUUCUUCUGCGGUAACCAAACCAUCUUCAACCAACUCUCUCUCACCUGCGCCUUCCCUGAAGAAUCCGUCCCAUGCGCUAACGCUCAAGACUUUUUCUACAUCAACGAUAACAUUGGUAGGGAGAACACACCACUUCACACAGAAGACGAUCUGGCUCGAGCGGCGCCGCUCAUCCCAGGCUUCCAGCAGCCGCAGCAACAGUUCGCUGCUGCUGCAUCCGAAAGGAAGGAACAGAAGGUCGCCUACAAGAGCAAAGCCUAAGCGUUUCCUAAGGCAGGAGUAGUGCCCCUAUGGUUCACUUGUGUCUGUCGUAUUGGGUAGCAGAGGUUGAGGGGACAGGUAUCAUGAGCGCUGGCUCCACCAAAGGUCUGAGAGCCCUGUUUCGCAAGAUGAGGAAGGUGCACACGACCCACCUAUAUGUAAGAAGCAGACGUUGUCUUUUAUGUGCGCUUGCGGCUUAAACAAGGCCGGUCGUCAGUGAGUCAUCUGAUGCUUGCAGCCACCAAGCACUUAAUUUCAGCAGCUGCAUUCUUCGUAUGGACACAGCAGUAAAAGAGGCUGCGACAGCGCUUACUGCUCAAAUUGAAGUUCAUGAUACCGUCGUAUAACUGCGUUAAAAUAUCAGUAUUUUAUUGACGUCGUGAGAGAAACCCAUAAACCUAGCAAGAGCCUGCUAACGUAUGUCACUGUCGUGCUUUGAAAUGUACUUUCUACAAUUUAUUUAGCACUUUCAAAACGCUGAUAGCGCAUCUGGUUAUUUCACUCUAGGUCUUUCAUCCUUUGUUCGUCGACAGUGCAGCUAUGCGUUGUUGAUGUAACAUGCUUGUCAACGUAAAUAACGUGUGUGGGUGCUCAAAGCUGUUCCAGUGUUGUAAGUAAGGUGACUGUAAGGAUGUCUCUGAGACUUGCAUGUAUUAUAACGGAUCACUGUAUGAUAUCAAUGUAUCAAUGUCUUGUACUUAAACAACGAGGGGAAAUGUUCGCAUAACAUCGCAUUCAAUCACAUGUUCACUUUGCGAGUUCGCUCUUCGUUCGCAUCUAACGGUGUAUGGCGAGCCCUGUUUCCGCUAGUCUUGCUUCAUGCUCAUCUGCAUGUGUAAUUAGUGUGCAAUGGAUGUUGCCAACAGUAAUAAAGCUUUCGGCACCAUA